UCUUAUCCACCGAUCUUUGAGACUUUGGGUUGCCGGACAUCAUCAAACGACGACGGCAAGCGCGCUGCGAUUUGUUGCAAUUGCAUUGCCAGUUUCGUGGUUCAGGGGUUCAGCUCGGGUCAUUGGCUGGUGGCCACGCUAGUCAUGGUGAGCUACGACGUGUUCCAGGGCGUCCUGUAUGGGUCAGACAACGACGCUACCGCCAAUGGCGAAUCACACCACCAGAACUACGCAGCAUCAUCGGCAAUUGAAACCCUUCUGGUGCAGACACGUUCCUUUCUGGUCGAAUCGCAAAUUGAAGAUCCGCUUAGGCGAUCACGUUCCCAGUCUCAAAAGGGCGACUCCACAUCUAUUAUAGGGUCCUACGACUCGAAAGACCGUGAUGUCGUGCGACUCCAAUGGUCCCUCACCGACUUGCAGACCGCAAUCAAAGCCAAGGAUGUGGAUCUGCGCGUUGCUCGGCAAGAACUUCUUAACGCCAAAGAUGCGCUUGCAAGAUCAAUCGCAGACCUUUCAGCCCUGCACAAUGACAUGAAGGCCAUGAAGCAAACUCUUGGAAAGCACCACCAAGCCAUCGUUUACCGGAAAGAUAUCGAACUCUUCGCGCUACGAAAAGGCAACGAGCAAAAGGAAAGAUACAUGCAAGAGAGGGACGAGCAAUAUAGCGAGUCGUUCAAGCAGCAACGUGUCACCUUGGAACUGAAGGAAGCCCAGCUCAGUGUACUCAAAGAAAGACUGGCAGCAAUGGAGCGUCAAGCCAGCCCAAGAUUCGGCAACGACGCUACCUUCGAGGACACUGGCAAUGGUGAUCGCGCAUUGGAGGUUCGCCUUCUACGGAUCAAAAAGGGCCCACCAUCGCUAUCGGGUCCCGAGGAGGACAAGGAUGCGACUAUUGAACGAUUGAGACGCGAGCUUGCUGUCGCAAGUAGAACUGCCGAAGAUGUCGUAAACCAACAGGCGGAACUGCAAAGAGCUUGGGACAUCAGCAAAAAGAUUCAAAAUGCUCUCAAAGAGGAGCGGGAACGCCAUGACCAGACCAAAGCAUUCCUGCAGGAGGCUAGCGUGGAACUGGAGGAAACUCAAUCGGGUAGAAAACGAAGCAGAAGUGACCCUUCUAAUCGACUUCCCACCAUCGAGGAAAACGACCAGAAUGAGUUAGAGGCGAUGUUUGACACCGCCCAGCAAGACAACUUGCGUCUUCACAUGGAAGUCGAAACUCUUGAUAAGCGACUCCGCGAUGCCAAUACUCGCGUUUUCCAGGCAGACCAGGAGAUUGAGGCGCUGCGCGAACAAUUGCGGCUGGAACACGCCAUUAACGAAGACAUGGGCGCUGCUCGGCCGACCGUCGUACAUCGGGUUCACUUUCAGCGUUUGGAAGGGCAGCUGAACGAGAGCAGAGAUGACUUGGCAAGGAAAGAGGCGGAACUGCAAAAGUUAGUGAGCAUCUUGGCUGAGAAGGAUCAUCAGCUUGAGAAACUCCAAGCAGAUAUGGAAGUCGCUAUGAACAACAGCGAGUCUGUACGCUCUGAAGUCGAGCAGCUAAAGCGCUCCGUAGCGGAGCUCAGCGCAGCAAAGGAGAGGCUUGUGCAAGACCGCGAGGAUAUUGCCUCUGGGCAACGUGUAUCCUCGGCCGAUUUCACCUCAGCGCGAACCAGUGGUGCGACGCUCAUUAAUGAACAUAGCCCGCCACCACGGCUGACGUCCUCAGAUGCUGCCCCACCUGUACCUGUUGCGCCUUUGCUAGGCAGUCCAAUCUUGGGUGGCAUACAGCCGAGAAAUGCGGCACGCAGCCACCGGAGGAAUCAAAGCGACUCGCAGGCCCACAACAUUAUCAGCGCUGCCACCGAAGCCGAGCCGCGUUACGCAAAGAGGAGGAGUGGACUUGGAUUACGGGAUAUGAUGAAGCGUAUCGUCAAAAAGGACAACAGCAUCGAUGACAUAGUGCGCAGUCCGAAGAUCCACGAGUCUAAGUGGGGUGACAACCAGGGCUCAUCAGAUGUCAACUCUACCUCCAAACCGGUCACAGCGUCUCAACGACAACGUCCUCUAUCGCUUUCGUCUCACCCGACUGUGCGUGACAAGGACGAAGAGCCAAUGCCACGGCCAAUCCCUCGUCCCAUCUCAGGCCCGUCAGGCCUAGCAACCCGUCCGCGGACGAGCACAGCACCUACCGCCUCCAUGCCCCGCCGAUUUCCCAGCAGAAAAGAACUCAACGAACAACACCUGCAGCGACCACGCAGCGCAACGCAGCCCGUAAUUCGAACUGAGCCAGCCGCACUACCGAAGGCUGUCCGCCCACCAAAUCCAAGACGGAAUUCGCAACCAAGAUAUUACACAAGCCCUGAGGCGAUCGCCAUGAACAGUAAAGAGGACUUGAGACUGCAAGAUGCUAGAUCACAGACUGCUGCCUCCACGAAAGGAGUGGACAAACAAGCAAAACACGACUCGGGUUUCGGUGCGAUCUCAGACGGCGAGAAGAGCAAGCUCAGACGAUUGAGUUGGGGCAACACAACAAAUAAACUGAAGCGACGGUCCAUGUACUAGAGCGCAGUCAAAGUACCCAGCGUCGACUUUUGGGAGUCGAAGAGGAUUUACGGGUGCAGAUCACAUUUCGGAAGACAUUUCGGCCUUGCAUGUCUCAGGCGUUCGGUUGGGAGGAGCAUUAUACACAUAUCAUUACAAGCAUAGACCUACAUCGAAUCCUGGCGAGUUCGCCAGCCUUGCCUUUACUCAAUUCACCU